CGGGACCCCGUGGAGUGGUCGGUGCGGGACGUGGUGGAUUAUUUCACCGAGGGCCGGUUCCCCGAGCAGGCCACCGCCUUCCAGGAGCAGGAGAUCGACGGGAAGUCCCUGCUGCUGAUGCAGCGCUCGGACGUGCUGACGGGGCUCUCCAUCCGCCUGGGCCCCGCGCUCAAGAUCUACGAGUACCACGUCAAGGCUGCUGCAGCGCAGCCACUUCCAGGAGGAGGAGCCCCCCCCGGAGCCCUUCCCCGCCUGACCACCCCCCCCCCCCCCCCCCAAAAAAAAAACAACCCACCCCCCACACCCCCCCCCUCCAAAAUUUGGGGGCACCCCGGUAUCCGGGAAGGGCUCCCCUCCCCCUAAAUUUGGGGA